AUGACGGAACCGUUCCCUCCACUCAACGGCGCACUGCCACACAACACAGGAGCCAACGGCGCACCCAGGCGGAGAAGGAAAUCUAGUGCGCUGGGCUCUGAUGUACCCGGCGAUGUCGAUGUACCAGCGUUGGCGACACAUCGGACGAGCACCCCGCCGCUGAACAGUCCAACCACCAUGGAUCCGAGAUCAGACAAAUCUACCCGCCGCUCCAAACGACGCUCAACCCGCCGUCUCCUCUCCAAAGCAAAACGCCUCUGCAUCCGCCACACAUGGCUGCUCCCUCUCGUCCUCGGCCUAACCAUCAUCUCGCUCUACGCCAUCUACCCCUACGAAUCGAACCCGCUAUCCGCCUGCCUCUUCCUCUCCUACCCGCUCGCACGCGACGACCCCCUCAUCCCCGAAAACGUGCGCUCCGACCCCAAUGGCCCGCAGCAUUACGGCAAGGGCGGCCGCGACUUUGCUUUUGUCGGCUUCUACAUCAUCGUGCUGAGCUUUACACGCGAGUUCUGCAUGCAGCGCCUCAUCCGGCCCAUUGCGAUUAAACUCGGUAUACGGAACCGCGACAAGCAGUCUCGCUUCAUGGAGCAGGCGUACACCGCGCUGUACUUUGCGCUGUAUGGUCCGUUUGGUAUCUGGAUCAUGAGCCGCACGCCCGUGUGGUACUUUAAUCCUAUUGGCAUGUACGAAGGGUUUCCGCAUCGGACACACGAGGCGGUUGUCAAGGCGUACUAUCUGCUGCAGGCGAGUUAUUGGGCGCAGCAGGCUAUUGUGUUGCUCUUGAUGCUGGAGAAGCCGAGGAAAGAUUUCAAGGAGCUGGUUGCGCAUCAUGUCAUUACCGUGUCUUUGAUUUGGUUGUCGUACAGGUUCCAUUUUACGUACAUGGGCAUUGCCGUGUAUAUCACGCAUGAUGUCAGCGACUUCUUCUUGGCUACGUCAAAGUGCCUGAAUUACAUCGACUCCCCUAUUGUCGGUCCUUACUUCUUCGUCUUCAUGUGCGUCUGGGGCUACACGCGUCACUACAUUAACCUCAAGAUCAUCUGGUCCAUUCUCACAACCUUCAAAACCGUUGGUCCCUUUGAACUCAACUGGGAAACGCAACAAUACAAGUGCUGGAUCAGCCAGUACAUUACCUUUGCCCUGCUUGCCUCGCUGCAGGCAGUCAACCUGUUCUGGUGGUUCUUCAUUUGCAGGAUCGCGUAUAGAUUCGUGGUGUACAAGGAUGCGGACGAUGAUCGCAGUGAGUAUGCGCCGACGGAUGAGGAAGUGGAGGAGAAGGAAAAGUUGAUCAAAGAGGGAGCCGAGGCGGACGCCGAGUUCGAGGGGUUGGAGAAGGAGCUGGAGAAGGUGCAAGAUGCGCCCAGAACACCUGCGAACGGGUCGGGCCUGCAGGCGAGCGGUGCGGACAGCAUUGGGUCGAGGGUCAAGCAACGCAAGGGCGGGAAGCAAUAA